AUGACUAAAAUGAACGGUGUCAACCUGCCCGAUAUGACCAACCGAGACCUCAUAGUCGACGAUAUUUUUAGCCAAAAUUUUAACACCAAAAGGAAAAGGGUCCAAAUUGAAUAUGACACCAACAAAAAAUCGAAUACGUCCGAUUCAGAAUUGAUUAAAUUUGGAAACAAUAAUAACGUUAUCGAUAAAAUUGAAUCACCUCAGAACCCCAAGAGAAAGUCUAAGAUUUUUGACAACUACGAUAUCGAUAAAAUCGUACAAUCGAAUAUGAUUAUCGGUAAAGAAUCGGAUAAGACUAUGCGACAAUGCAGUAAUGACAUCAAUUACAAAAGUAACGGGCAUUUGAAUAGUAAUAUAAACGACGUUUUGCCAAUGGAUGACGGUAAUGAGUAUGCUUUGAAAAAUGGCGGUAAUAUGGAGUCUGAAGGUGAUGACAAGAUGCUGAAUAAUAAUGAAGGGGAUUACAAUAUGAACAGGAAUGAUGAUCACGGAAUUGACGUAAGUAUAGUAACCAAAGAUAUUCUUAAAUAA